AUGCUCACAUCUGUGACGGCCGUGCUUUUCCUCCAACUCGUCAUUCAAAGUCGAACCGUGAUUUCCUUGGAACCGAACUUGUGCGACGAAAAAGGAACAGUGCAAUGUGAAAACUAUCAAACUUGCUGCCCAUUUCCUAACGGCCAAUACGGAUGCUGCCCGUUUACCAAAGCUAAUUGCUGUCCUACGCUGAGCUCGUGCUGCCCUGCUGGAUUCCGAUGUGGCAACGAAACGUGCAUAAGAAUGUGA